CCUUCAGGAGGCCACCGGACAUGGUGCGAAGACACGAACCACGACGCGGCCACGGCUGGAAGAACCUGGCAGCGGCGGAAACGGAAAUGUGCGCGGCGUGCUGCAAUGGGCGGACGUGGUCGGGUCCAAUCCUGCCGCGGCUUUGUCGUCAUCAGGAGGCGCCGACUCGUCCGUCGUCCGGUGUGGCCGGUAGGAAGGCGAGCGCGGCGAGCUCCGGGUUCCCGGGCACUCGGAGGACGAUGAUUUUCCGGCGGCUGCUGGCUGCCCUGCUGCACAACCCGCAGCUGGUGGAGCGGCUGUCCGAGUCGCGGCCCAUCCGGCGGGCGGCGCAACUCACAGCUUUCGCCCUGCUGCAGCUGCAACUGCGCGGCCGCGAUGCAGCCGGACGCCUGCGAGCCCUCGCGGGUCAGUCCCCGGGCUCCUUGGGGCGCCGAGUUGCGCGGUUCAAGGACACAUUCACUCAGGAACUCCGCCGCGGCCUCCGGGAGCGUCCAGGACCACCCCCAGGUCAUCAGAAGGGCCCGAGCACUAAGGCGUAAGCACAGACUGGACUCUGCCAGGCCGAGGUCACGUCCCCUCCUCCCUUCAGUGAUCUACACCGACCUUUGCGUUCAGGAGUCAUCUCGGGCACGAUGCACUGCUUCGAAUCCUGACUCGGAUUGUCAACAUGCUGAUGCCUACGUUCAAAUGGACAUGUGCUAGUCCUAUGACUGGCAGGACAUAAAGACCCCGAAGGCCACCAGAGAUAAAAGAGUCUAGACCUGAACAUUGCACUACUGAGAGCUAUGGCCAACCAUGGCCUGCUUUCUACAAGCGGGACUGAAGCUGAAUAAAUGCUGCUGCAUCUACGUCUGGAGCAGAAAAACAGGGAAGAUGUUGGAUGGAAUGAUAACCCUGAGGUUGCCACAAUCUUUGAUUAAAUGUCUCUUGACCAGCGGAGACCAUCCUGGAUGCAGAGGACACAGGCAAGGAAACAAAGCAAGAGAAGGAUUGUAUGUGUCCC